AUGGACUUAGAAUUUCAAAUAGGAGAUCAUGUGUUUCUAAAGAUCUCGCUAACAAGAGGGGUUAUCCGAGUUGGCAAGCGAGGAAAGUUAAACCCACGUUACAUCGGGCCAUUCAAGAUACUAGAAAGGAUUGGUCCGGUGGCCUAUCGCCUUUCACUGCCCCCUGAACUGUCUAAUAUCCACAAUGUGUUUCACGUUUCAAUACUUCGACGGUAUCUCCGAGAUCCAGAGCAUGUUGUUGAUUAUGGGGACCUGGAAUUUCAAGAAGAUCUCUCUUAUGAAGAACAACCAGUGCAGAUUCUCAAUCGUCAUGAUCAAGUUCUCCGAAACAAGACUAUACCUCUUGUAAAAAUCUUGUGGAGGAAUCAUCGUGUCGAAGGAGCAACAUGGGAAACUGAAAGUCAAAUGCGGACCAAAUACCCACACCUCUUCAAAAAUCAAG